AUGGGCGGCUACCGCGGUGGAUCGCUACUUGCACAGGAUAAAGUGGCCGACAGCACAUCUUACCGAUACCGCAAAGAGCCCUUCGAAUUCUCUGCUAGCACUGAGAAGCGAACAGCUGAUUACGAAUUUUCGUCCGCGAAGGACCAAGUUAGGGCCCUGAUCCAAGUGCGACAAGAGCUACGCGGCAACGACACGAAGUUGGAUGAAGCGCUGCGUUGGGUAGCGCAAGUACGCAGACACCUGGCCGCCGACGGCCCUCUCGAAUGGGGAUACAUUGGCUUCAGAACGAGCUACGACCACAGCGGCGAAGAGUGGGAAGAGUUCAAGACCUUCUUCCAAGCAGAUAUCUCGAAUUGGGGGAACGAACUGGGAGAUAUUAAUGACAUUGCCGCUCUUAGCGUGGUGGAGUGGAAGAUGCCGAUGGAAUCGCCGCCGCCGAAAAGCAGUUUGAGGUUUGCGUGA